AUGUACCAUGCGCAUAUUCUGCGUUCCCGCUUCCGCGGCGCGACAGCAUCGACAUCAUGGUCUACAUUAGGUCCUCAAGCACAGCCUGCUCAUCAGCCUAAGACCAACUUUCAUGCACACUUCCGCAAAAUGGCUCCUUUAUUAUCAAGGCAUCUCAGCGGAUGGUCAUGGUCUACCACACGGAGUGGCAGUGGUCCUCCCCUCAGGUCUUCGGACCGAUUAGCUGGUCGAACAUGUAUGAUCACAGGCGGCACCUCUGGCAUUGGAUUCGCCAUUGCAGAGCGAUACCUCCAAGAAGGUGCCAAGCGCGUCAUCCUCGUUGGAAGAUCUCAUGAACGGCUUGUCAAAGCUGCUUCUAGAUUAGAGGCGUCUACAUCUGGGAACGCGUUCGCUGCCGUCCAAUCAAGCAGUGAUAGCAUCGUUCGCGAAGUAGCAACUAAAGCCCCCGAAACAGACCAACAACCUCAAAACAAAGAUACGCAGGCAAAGCCACAUGGUACACCGAUCGAGUCCUCGAGUAGAAUCAGUCUCCUCGUCGGUGAUAUAUCAGAAGCCGGAACGUGGCUGCGCCAACUGGAGAAGGCACUGCAACCGGUCGACAUCCUCGUCAACGCCGCAGGCAUCUCCAUCUCGAACAUCCUCGCCAAACUUGAACCAGACGAUAUCUCCCGAGUCCUUCGCACGAAUCUCGAGGGCGCAAUGCUAGUCUCGCGAGCUCUCGUGCGCGCCUCCAUCCGCAGUCAGAUGAAAACACGCAAUACCUCCAGCACACCUGAAAUACCAGUCCCCUCAAAAUGCAUUAUCAACAUUUCUUCCCUGCUUGCGGUCAAGGGAGGCACCGGCGCGGUACCUUAUGCUGCAUCCAAGGCUGGCAUCCUUGGACUGACGCGCUCGUUGGCUGUGGAAGCUGCCCAAUCCCUGCGAGGCGUUGUAAUUCGUUGCAAUGCGAUAGUUCCGGGUUAUAUAGAAACGCCGAUGAUUGCUGAUUUCAGCGAGGGCGAAAUCUCCAAACUGAGAGAGAGUAUUCCUGUUCGGAGGUUCGGUACUCCGCAUGAAAUUGCGGAUGCGGCUGUGUUCCUGGCGCAGAAUGAAUACGCGAACAACUGCGUCCUCAAUCUGGACGGUGGUUUGAGCGCGGUCUGA